AUGAAUCGAAAACUUGAACUAAAAUUAUUAAGCCAUUUUUAGAGUUUAGAAGGAAAAUUAUCUUUAUUGUUCUUGCACAUCUCAGACAAUUCAGCUGGUUUCCAACAUGUAGGCAGUCAAAAGGAAUAGUUUACAGCCUUUUACAAUAUAUGCAUACAAAAAAUCACCAAAAUAGUAUUUCUCAAAAAUGGUACUUAAAAUCAACCCUUUGAAUAGUCAUGUAUAUUUUGUGCAAAAUUAAAAACUCACUCCAGUUAAUAAUUAAUUUUGCAUUUACUCCUUUUUCACAAAAUAAAGUAUAGCUAUAAAUUCACUUACUAUCAAAAUGAGAAGGUUUUGCAUAUUGCUUAUUUCCGACAAUAACCCAAGAUACUACCUAAUGUAUUUAGACAUUAUAAGGCCAUCAAUCAAAAUCAAUUAGAUUGCUUUAUGUUCUUAACUUUGUUUUCUUAAUCCAAUUCGGAAUUUUACUAAAAAAAUACUCUUCCACUUGAACAAGAUUAGUAAAUCUCAAAUUUGAUGAGUUAAAAAUAAUUCUAUUGUGGACCUGCCAAGAAUUUUAAGCCAGUCCAAAGAAUUGAAGAAUUCAAAGAGUUAGAAGCAUUGGACUUUGAAGCAUACAAAUAAAAUGAAUUACUUUGUCUAACCAAAUCCUCACCAGAGUUUAAAGGGUCUCCAAUUCAACAAUUCAUGAUGCUCUAUAAUACAAGAGUCUUAGAAGAAAGACCAUAAUAAUUAAAAGAUUUUUUAAAGUAAUUUACUAAAUUGUAGGGAGAGUUGGCAAUUUGUUUUUAGAAUCAUUUAUUUACAUUACUUUGUUACAGUAUGAUAGAUUAGUAAACAUUUGUAGAAUUAUCUCUUAUGAUAUAAAAAUGAAUUUGAGACAAUUUACAUUAUUAGUAUAAACUUUAAUUUUUAAUCAUAA